UUCUAGAUUUGCAGGCUUAGGCCAGCCAAGCGGAAGAAACAAUCAGGAGGCAUUAACAAGUCUAAAAUAUAAAAAGGCAAUUAAACAGUGCAGAGGAGAAGCUAUCUUCUUGUAAUAGUUUUCAUUGAAGAAUCAGGCUAUGGAGAUGUUCAACUGCAAGUCUGUGGGCAUUAGAGUAGACGCCCUGUUGAAGGCUCUAAGCCCAGCAAUCCAAGAAAUUUGUUUACAGGAUUUGCAAUUACCCACAGAUCAACAAAAUGCAACCUUUCACGAGUUUUUCAAGACCCUGAUAAAAGGAGCCUCAUUGAUAAAAGAGUGUGAGAAUAUAAGCCCAUUUAACCUGCCUCUGAAUCAUAGGUAUGCAUCUCGAAUCUUGGAGCUCGAAAAGGAGAUCAAUGAUUUUAUGGGACUAAUGCCUGCCCACAUAUUACUGCAUAUGAGAAGGCUCAUGGCAGAUCUGGAAAGUGUUUACUAUCCACAAGACAUCCAGUAUUUACAUACACGUAGCAUGCUCAAGGAAUCAAUAUUCAGACAAGCUUCUAUGCUCACUAAUGAUCCGUGCCAGAAUACCAUGAUGCUGCAACAAAUGGAAUCAGCAAAUUUAAUUGACCGCACAGAAAUGGUGAAGGAAUCCACGUACUCUUAUCAUGACAAUGUUCCUGGUAAAUCUCAGUUUUACGUGGGAAUGAACAAAUCUAUUACGGAAUUGAAGGGUAUUUUGUUCCAAAGAGAGGUGUCUGUCGUUGGACUACAGUGUAUUGGAGGCGGUGGCAAAACUACAUUGGCAUUGGCUCUCUCCAAUGAUUCUGAAAUUAAAGAUUACUUCAGGAAUAAGGUGCUUUUCAUCACUAUUUCACAAAGCCCAAACCUCAAAGGAAUAUUAGAGACCAUGUGGGAAAAACUUUUUGAAAAGAAGAAACCUGAGUUUCAGAAUGUUGAGGAUGGGCAAAGACAGCUGCAGCAACAACUUCUUAAACAAGAGAAGCCAAUUCUAGUGAUACUGGAUGAUGUUUGGUCCAGAUCAAGUCUGGAUAAAUUACUAUUCGAAGGCAGAGGAUACAAGACCCUCAUAACAACAAGAGACAUUUCUAUUAUCCCCCAAAAAACCUGUACUAAACUGUAUCAAUUACCAUUGUUGAGCCAAGGAGAUGCUUUGUCCCUUUUCUGCUUCUGGGCUUUUGGACAGACAACAAUUCCAGCAACUGCAGAUGCAAAUCUAGUAAAGGAGGUGCAAGCAGAAUGUGGAGGCCUACCACUUGCUCUGAAGGUGAUUGGAAGCACUUUGCAUGGGGAACCUCAAGUGGCUUGGGAAAGGGCAAAGAGCAGGCUCUCCAGAGGAGAAUCUAUAUCAGAUUAUCACAGAGAAGGCUUGCUUGAAUGCUUAGCGACUAGUAUUGAUUUCUUGGAUGAUAUAGUGAGACAAUGUUUCCUAGACUUAGGAUCAUUUCCAGAGGACAAGAAAAUCUGUGCUGAUACACUAUUGGAUAUUUGGGUUAAUGUUAGAAAAUUAGAGUGGCAAGAUGCCUUUGUCAUCCUAUUGGAACUUGCAGGCAGAAACCUUUUGAAUUUAAUUAGCAAUCCAAGGAAUCAGGCAGCCAUCUCUUAUGGAAAUGCCUCGGAGCUGUACUUUUUUCAGCAUGAUGUAAUACGAGACUUAGCCUUGUACUUGGGAUUCAGAGACAGUGCAGUCCAUAGUAAAAGGUUAUUUAUGCCUAGGAAGGAGAGUAGUUUACCACAGAAAUGGAAAUUGCAUACUAAUAAAACAUUUGAUGCUCAAAUUGUUUCUAUUCACACAGGUCCUAUGAAUGAAACUCAGUGGGAUGAAAUGAUUUUUCCAGAGGCAGAGGUUAUGGUGAUAAUAUUUGCUUCAAGAGAAUACUUUCUUCCCCCAUUUUUGAAAUCCAUGAAAAAACUAAAAAUUCUCAUGGUAUUCAAUUAUGGUUCAAAAAGGGCCACAUUGAAAGGAAUAGAUGCCUUAUCUUCACUCACUCAGUUAAAAGUUCUUCUCUUGGAGAGGUUGAUUGCACCAUCGGUUGAAAUACAGAAGAAAGCAAUACAAAACAUAGAGAAGCUCUCUUUAAGCUUAUGUGAAGGGUUUGAAAGUACCUGGACAUUGAACAAUAUCAAGCUGCAAGAUUUUAAUCUGGAUCACUGCAGUGAUCUGGAGGUAUUGCCUUCUGGAAUCUGCCAUAUGCAAUCCAUUGAGAUGCUGUCUGUUACAAAUUGUCAUCUUAUUCAGAAUCUACCCUCUAAUAUUGGGAAUAUGAGCUGUCUAAGAGUGUUAAGGCUAUCGGCAUUACCAGGCCUUAAAGAACUUCCUUCCUCAAUUGGAAAUCUCGUGUGGCUGGAAUAUCUGGACAUAUCAGUAUGUGAGGGUUUGAAAAAACUUCCAGAGGAAAUAGGAAAAUUGGGGAAAUUGAGUGAAUUUGACAUGAGGGAGUGUUCUCGUUUGAGGAAGCUACCUAGAACCGUUUGUGGGUUAGGUUCGUUGAAACGUGUCGUCUGUGAUGAGGAGAUUGGAAAGCAGUGGUUGCGGGCCUUGAAGUAGAGAUUGUAGAAGCAGAGUUUAAUUUGGAUUGGCUUCAUGAUUGAGAUCUCUGCACAAUUCUAACACUUCAAAUGCAUUUCUUACCUAGCAAAUAAAGUUUUAGGUGUAUGCAAGUGCACCACAAAAUAGGCCUAGUAGAUGUGGUAUCAACUAUUUUAUUCUUUCAAUAAGGUCGGCUAUAGCAUAUAGAAGAAGCCACCGAAAAUACGAUCAGUUACUUUUGAAAUCGAAUGUAUUUUCAGUUACUUUUGGCAGUGGAUUGGAGAAUCAUUGUUUCCUAUUUAUAUGUAUUGACAUCCAUACAAAUUACAUGGAUUUUACAAUGUU